AUGACCAAUUGUUUGUCAAAAAAUUUUACAUUAAAUCCAAACACUGCAACCACUGGUGACAACUGUGGCCCGCAUUCACCCACCAGUGCUGUGCUCACGGGUGGGCCCGUCUCGCCCUCCACGUGUCAUAACUACGAGCUCUUGACACUGAUAGGUGAGGGCACAUAUGGACAGGUGUUUAAGGCACAAGACGUGAGCACUGGCCGAUUGGUGGCCAUCAAGAAGAUCAUCAAUAGGCUGACCAGCGAUGAGCACAUCAGGAAUGAGAUCAAUCUAUUGGAUCAAAUCAGACACCGGAAUAUCGUUCAACUCAUCGAUAGAUACGAUUCUCGCGAAGACGAGGUAUACGAGCCAUACGUGUCCAACAGCAAGAGCAGCAACACCACAACUACUACUACUCCAUGCCAUCAGACAAUUGCUCAGUAUUUAGUGUUUGAAUUCUGUGACUUUGAUUUGCAUCAACUGUUAUACGAUAUGCGCCUUCAGUUAUCUCUGGCGCACAUCAAGAAUAUUCUGCGCCAGAUUCUGAAGGGCAUGGCAUACAUGCACGACCGCCAAGUGCUGCACCGGGACGUCAAACCGGAAAAUAUUUUGGUGAACGCGAGGGGCAAAGUACGGAUCGCCGACUUUGGGUUCGCUCAGUGUCUCUCUGGGGUCUCGUGGAGCGGAUUCUCGGCCAAAGUGGUGACUCUGGCCUAUAGGGCGCCGGAAUUGUUGGUCGGCUACCGGUUCUACGGCACUCCGAUAGACAUGUGGAGCGUUGGCUGCCUUAUGGCCGAGUUCUGGACCCGCGCCGGACCGCUGAUGGACGGCGACGACGAGCGCCAACAGUUGAUCAAAAUCAGUCGACUGUGCGGACCGAUAAACUCGGUCAGUCUGCUGGGCGUACGCGACAUGUACUUCAUGUCAGACCUGUAUUUGCCGCAAAUGUGUCGCCGAAGAGUGCGACAAAUGUUUGCCGUCCAGUGUGUGGACGACUCUAACGCCGUAGACCUGUUUGAUCGGCUCCUGUCGGUCAACGUUGACCGACGGAUAACCGCCGCUCAGGCGCUACAACACCCGCUCUUCGCCGCCGAACCCAAAGCCUGUGAUAUAUGCCAUUCAUUGCGCUCAAUGUUUGCGGCAAAUCAUCCCUAUAAUAGUGGUGCCGAUAAACAGUGCAAUAGUAAUAAAAUUAGUAAUAAUUAUGUGAAUAAUAAACAAUACGGAUAA